CAGCGACGUAGUGAUCUACAACAAGUGUCUGAAGGACAACAGGGAAAAGUUCCCUGCCAAUGCAAACUACAGAGUCUCGUUUGUCGAGUCGUUCUUCCCCAUCGACCAGGACAUUGAGCGAGCAGGCUACGCUUUUUGCGGUCAAGCACUACUAGCGGGUAAUGUCACAGUGGAGCAUAGAGACCGUCACAUACUAUUUUUUUUUAAAAAUAUAUAGUUAAUGAAACAACUAAAUGUGCAUUUUACCCAGCCUUCUCAGAUUUAUCGUCACACAUUUCCACUUUUUAUUCUUAUCUCUAUCAGCUCCCUCGACCUACGCGGUCAGUCCUAAGAAGAUGCUGCACUGCAAGAAGAAAGUCCAUGUCGAUAGAUGCGAGUGGGAGCCGGCGGUAAAAUAUAAUGAGUUAUUUGAUGCCAUCUACUACAAUGACACCGAGUGGAUCCAGGAGGUUGCGUGCGAGUAAGUCCUAGCACGACGACCGUAUCCAACAUUACGCAACCGUGACCUAACCGUAGCAGCAGUCAAUCAUGACUCCAGUGGCAAUGGCGGCAAAGCUCCGUUCAAAAAAUGACUUACGUUCAGUUGUGUCGAACGAUGGCAGAAAUCUUAACCUGAUUGAAGUAAACUUUGCCUCGGUUGAUAAUUACAGGAAAACGUCGCUUAAUCGCGAUACUUGGGUCAUGUUAACAAUGGGGUCGCACAACAUACGGGGGUUGACCCUGACUGUACUGACACUGUUUGUACUGGCCCAGUUAUUUGUGUUCUUGUCAGUACUGACCCUGUUAUUCGUGCUCUUGUCAGUACUGACCCUGUUAUUCGUUUUUACUCAACCUGUUUUUCAUGUCCCUGCCAGUACUGACCCUGUUAUUCGUGCUCUUGUCAGUACUGACCCUGUUAUUCGUUUUUACUCAACCUGUUUUUCAUGUCCCUGUCAGUACUGACCCUUUUGUACCGACUCUGCCAUUGUUUGACGCUGUUUGCACGGACCCAUUUAUUAGUGACCCUUUAUGUACUGACCCCGUUAGUACUGAUCCUCUUAUUAGUGAAUUUGUUUCUAGUGAACCCGUGAGUUCUGACCCUGUUUGUACUGACCCUGUCAGAAGGGACCCUGUUAAUACUGACCCUAUUCAUAGUAGUCCUGUUGAUAGUGAACCUGUUUUUACAGCUCCUGUUAUUAGUGACCCUGUCGGUACUGACCCUAUUAUGACAGGCCCUGCUAGUUCUGACCCUGUUAUUAGUGACCCUGUCGGUACUGACCCUAUUAUGACAGGCCCUGCUAGUUCUGACCCUGUUAUUAGUGACCCUGUCGGUACUGACCCUAUUAUGACAGGCCCUGCUAGUUCUGACCCUGUUAUUAGUGACCCUGUCGGUACUGACCCUAUUAUGACAGGCCCUGCUAGUUCUGACCCUGUUAUUAGUGACCCUGUCGGUACUUACCCUAUAAUGACAGGCCCUGCUAGUUCUGACCCUGUUAUUAGUGACCCUGUCGGUACUGACCCUAUUAUGACAGGCCCUGCUAGUUCUGACCCUGUUAUUAGUGACCCUGUCGGUACUGACCCUAUUAUGACAGGCCCUGCUAGUUCUGACCCUGUUAUUAGUGACCCUGUCAGUACUGACCCUAUUAUGACAGGCCCUGCUAGUUCUGACCCUGUUAUUAGUGACCCUGUCAGUACUGACCCUGCUUGUAAUGAGCCUUUUACUUGUUGCAAAUCUUUUUCAUAUUUUUAAAGUUAAAUUGGCGUGAGCCACCAAUGAUAAGUUUUACUGUACGAGCCAUAGGGUCAGCAUUUGAACGCUUUGACUAUACCAACCGUUAAUAGCAAGGUCAGAUUAUUGGUUUUUAUUAUUUUGAUUUUUCACGUUUUAGCAUUUCUUACGCAUACUGGGCGUGUCUGAGGAACCAGUACACAAUGUGUAAAAGAGAGAUCAGGCCAAUGUUCAACUAUUACUUCGCCCGACUGGGCCCGUAAGUUCAUUGCUGUUGUUGGGGUGGAAAGAAGGUGAUGCUGAAACGGUUGGGCUGAAUGGUUAACGUUUCUGAUUAAUCAACUUGUCUGCGGUCGAUGUGCAAGGCGAUAUGAGACACAAAAUAGGGUAACACAUAAAUAAACAAAACAAAUAAAGAACAUGACGGCAAGAAGCCUUCGUCAGCAAACGAUAGUUUCAACAAAAAAAAGGAUAUACAUAUUUUAAGAAAAAGCGACGUGAGUUACAGUUACAGUCUGAAGGGAUAAAUGGGGUCAGAGAAGCAGUUAAUCUAAGAUGAUGAAACCGACCACUGUUUAAUUGAACAUUUUAAUCUUUGGGGGUGUUGAGAGGUGGGGGCUGUUGCAAUUUCGGAUGGGACAAUCAUAAUUAUCAUCUUGAUCCCCCUCCCCCCCACUUUAAAAAAAAACCUUGUAUUUGGCGUGAAUACUGUUUUUUUCAAACGCAUUUUUGUGUGAUUUCCCUGUUAGUUCUGAUCUUGUUUGCAUUGGACCAGUUAGUACAGACCUUCUUAUUAAUGACCCUGUUACUACUGAGCUAUUUGUACUGAGCCUUGAAGUACUGACUUUGUUUGUUCUGGACAUGUGUUACGUACCGUUACAGUUAUCAAGAGGACAUCUGUGUUUAUAGAUGCCUCGUAUACGAAACAACAUGAAACAGAAGACGGAUCUAGCAGUAUAAACAGAAAAAACGCUACCUAAGCUAGCGAUACUAAAAUUUAUUUUAAAUAUUUAAAUCAAUUUCUAUAUAAAUACAAAUUUGAGUACAGAAGAUAAGAGUGCAUCAACUUAAAGCAAGUGGAAAAAAACAAACACCAAAAGAGAAAUAUUAAUGUAUACAAUUAAAAAUGUAUACGUCUCGAUGUCUGUAUAUAAGUCUGCAUAAAUCUCGGUCAUUUUGUCCACUGAGAAACCUUGUUUGCUUUAUAUAUUGAUUAUAUCCGAACGCUUUAGUACAGAAAAUCUAGAAAUUACGUCACCUAUUGGCAUUCAUUAGAACAAAUAGAACGCAUACUAAUGUAAAAAAAAACCUUUCUUCCCAGCCAGGACAAGAACUUUCCGAACACGGAUAACUUCACGGUGAGGGUAACCAAACUGGGCAAGACAUUUGCCGUGUCGAAUGUUGACAAUACUCCUCGCAACCCAAUCACACGUCCUACUAGGUGGGGGGGGGGGCAGUCUUUGCGAAGACGUUCAUUGCAGGAGAUUUUAAUGCCCGUUCGCCCAUGUGGGGCUAUGCAGAGCGUAAUGCGUCAGGUAAACACGUUGAAGAGGUCUGUCUCGAUUCGAAUCUCAUUAUGUUGCAAGACGGAGAGAGUGCGCCCCACUCUACGGGACACAGCACGGAAUCCAGAUCAGACAUGACUCUAGUUUCCGCGGACCUAGCGACCAGUCAGCGUCUGGAAUUGUCGAACGACCUUGGCCGUGGGUGUUGUGCGUACUGCCCCGCAUGCAAACCUGAGAGCUCAGUUUUGAAUGCGUUCCAGUCGCCCGAGAGCCGCGCGACUCACGCGAAGGUCUGGACUGGAAGGCUAUUGUCCACUGCCCCCCUAAUCUACUGAGAUGAAGGACCUCAGUAGUCUUGCGUCUGCGCAUCAAUUGGUGCAGGCCAGCCUUUUUCACCAGGCCCAAUUUUUGUGAAGUCAUGGCACAUAGUUCGUGUAUAUGGUUGCGAAGCUUCUGAUCCAACUUCACGCCUCAAAAAAACUUUCCCACUUCCAAGCAUGCUUCCUGGACGGUUUCCCAUCUGUGUAGCCCCACAUGGGCAACUGGGCGGCAAAGUCUCCCUCUAUGAUAGUCUUGGCGAAGAACGUCUCAGCGCAACCCCCCCCCCCGGGUUGGUAGUGUAAUGAGGGUUGCGUGGUGUGUUCUAGAUAUUGAUCACGGCGAAUGUCUUACCCAGUUUGGUUACCCUCACCGAGAGGGUAUCCAUAUUUUGAGUAAUUCUUCACUUCUGCGACUUGUACCGCGAGGUCGUUUCUUACCGCUGUGGUAAUCCCUCGACACCUGCCACACUUGCAAUUGUAUCGCGAAUAACGUGUGAUGUGGAAAGGCUUAGCAUGCAAGAAGUUUUCCUGGAAUAAGGCUUCAUCCGCUUGACGUUCGUGGAGCAGUUUGGUUACUUCGUGCGACUUUUGUCGGAUUCCACAUACAUUCAGUUGGAGGACCAACACGGCUUGCUCAGCACGGCCCUUCGCUCCCUUUCUUUCACGACCAGACACGUGUUGGUCUUGCGAGGACGCCUGUCGAGGGUGGAAUGAGCAAGCGGUGACCGCUUCACCUCGAGGGUGACAGUGGAGGGGGGUGGAUGGUGCCCUGCGACCUCAACAGAAGUUCGACCCGUGACCACCUCGUCCCCCGGAAGUGGCAGAUUGCGUUUUGGGUUUGGGCAGAAGUCUUCCUCUCAUUGUGAAGGGGAUACUUCGAGACCCCCCUUCCUCGCCCAGUGAGUCUUUCAGUCGGGACGUGGCAAGUGCCCAAGGUUAUUUAGCUUUGGGUAGUCGGGUCCACCCUACUAGUCCAACGUGCGGCGAUAGGCAUGACCCUUGCGGACACAGCAAAUUUUCCUCGCAGUUCUCUGUGUUCACAGAUGGCCGACCUUGUUACUACUGACGCUGCUAGCACUUUCCCUAUUAGCGCUGACGCUAUGUGUGCUGACCCUGUUUGUCCUGACCGUGUCUGUACGUACCCUGUUUGUCCUGACCUAGUUUAUACCGACACCGCUUGUACUAACUCCUUUUUUUUUUUGUACUGACAAUGUUUGUACUGACCUCGCUUGUACCGACCCUUGUAUGUCUUGAGUGAUCAGAUACAUGAUGAUUUCCACAUUUUGUUUUCCCAUAAAAGAACACUCCAUUUUUCUCUUCUACCCCCCUCCCCCCCCCCCCCCCCCCCCCCCCCCCCCCCCCCCCACCCCUCCCCCCCUCCCCCCCCCCACACACGCUCCACAGCAGGUGCUUAUUACGUCACUCCGAAAGAAACUUUAUCAUGCUAGGAGAGCAAUGCGAGCACAGUCCCAAUGACCCUACGGAUCCUGAUUCGGCUGACAGGCAACGACAAGGCAAAGGCGGUUGUUCCAGAUACCUGGGACGCGUAGAGCUGCUCCUUCAGUGUUUUGUAAUGACGCAAGCAGUAUUCUGUCUUUAUUAUAGACCAUCGGUAAAAAAACAAGAAAAAAAUGUUUGA